GCCUCCGGCGUCCGUCAAAACAAGCCCAGCUCUCACUUUGCGCGAACCCUCCCUCUCACUGACACCCUCGGAGCGAUUGAGCAUCUUCUUCUUUAGCAUCCAAAUGAACAUUUCUAAUGAAUCCGGCCUUUUUAAGGAGCGGCUAACGGUCGAUCUUCCGACGCCAGCCGCCAUCAGGGCCAUCAAUCUAGCGUCGGGGCAUAUCCGCGCACGAAACUUCAAUCGCCCCCCACCCGUUAAAAUCCCUUCACUUAAGUUGGUCGUUAAGUAUGGAGCCGACGUGGAAAUUGCGGAAGCUCGGACGCAGAUGAUGGUACGCGAACGAUUUCGCGGUCGAGUACCUGUCCCCGAGGUCUUUGCCUGGGCCGAGGAUGAGGGAUAGGGUUUUAUUUACAUGUCGCUGGUCGAGGGUGAGACCUUGCAAGAGAGGUGGGGGAACAUGAAUGAACUUGAGAGGCAGGCCAUCUGUGCAGAGCUGAAGUUGAUGGCAAAGGCAUGGAGGACCUUGAAGCAAGAUGGGCAGCAGCCGUAUAUCGGCGGUCCCGACAGACAACCUCUGAAUGACAUCUUUUUGGCAUCCCGUCCGGAACUCUCUGGGCUGUUCCAAGGUGUCGACGCUGUCCAGGAGUUUCAAGAAGCCUGCGGUAUCGCCAUCGGUGCUGAGGCGUCCAUUGUGUUCACUUACGAUGAUCUAGUCCCGCCAAACAUCCUGCUGUCGCCAGGGCCCAACCCAAAAGUGGAGGCGGUUAUUGAUUGGGCCCAGGCGGGGUGGUAUCCCUCGUACUGGGAGUAUUGCAAGGCUCGGCGAGUGAGACUGGACCCGGAGUGCAUCAGCGAUGCCAUGCAGGAGGAAUGGCGAGACAAGUAUCUGCCCAUGAUUCUUGAUCCCGUGGAUGACGAAACUUACUACCAUCCGUGGCUGUAUUUCGUCCUUUCAAAGGGAAUCUGACUAUAUGACAUGGCAGCCAUGAAGUUUGAUUGCUAGUGAGAGUUGUACUGCUAG